AUGGCAAACAAGAAUCUGGAAAGCGAAAAGAGCUGCCUGUUGACAGCUCUUAAAUUAAUACAAAAUGACCACCAACAAACGUGCACGAAAACAAUUGUGGAAAAUGACGGCGAGAAUAAUGUGGAAUUGGUUUGCAAAGCAAUAGAGGGAA